AUGACAGAGCAUCCAACCCUGUCAUGGGAGGCCAUGCAAGAUGGCUCCGUCUUCUACAGGCGGCACCAACUGUACUCUAUCCCAGGGAAGCUACCGGGUGACUUGCAGGACUUCAUCGUCGCAGGAUGUCGUUAUGGCGGACCAAUAGCUCUUAUGCGCGAUACCUCCAAACUCGUCGCCGUGAACCGCGCCGCGCCGGCGUUCUCCAAGGCGCAGAUAUCCAUCUACUCCCCGGCCGGAGAGGGCAUCUUGCUUUUCAGUUGGGACCAAGGAAAGAUCGUCCGAUUCGGCUGGACAGGCGAUGAACGACUGGUCGUACUCAAUGAGGAGGGUGUGUACCGAAUAUACGACCUGCAAGGCGAAUACCAGCAAUACUCGCUUGGAAGCGAGGCUGGGGAGCUAGGGAUCAUCGACGCGCGAAUACACGAGUCUGGUCUCGUUGCGUUGACAGGGUCGUUGACGUUCUUCGAGGUGAAGGAGUGGUCAGGAGGGAAGCCACUCACGCUGGCCAAUCCAGGCUUGUCACAACCUCCCCAGUCAUGGGCCGUGAUCCCUCCCGACCAAACUAUCUCGCGACAUGUUGAAGUCCUACUUUCUGUGGAGACGACGAUAUACAGUGUCGACAACCUCGAGAGCCUCGACCAACGUAUAUCCCGCGGACCCUUCACCCAUAUGUCUCCCUCCCCGAAUGGCAAGUCGCUCGCCCUGCUCACCUUUUCUGGACUCCUUUGGGUCGUGUCGACGGACUUUCAGCGCAGCUUGGCCGAAUUCGACACGAGUAUGGUGGCAGGCGCGUCCGGGGACGUACAUCAAGUGGAGUGGUGUGGGAACGAUGCAGUGCUGGUGACCUGGCCCAAUCUUGCAGUGCUGGUAGGACCGUUUGGGGAUACCUUGCAAUACUUCUACUCUGGGUCGACAUUCGCCGUAACAGAGCCGGACGGUAUCCGUAUCAUCGGUCCAGACACCUGCGAUUUCGUGCAAAAGGUGCCCGCGUCCUCAGUCUCAGUCUUCCGUCCCGGCUCGACAUCGCCCUCUGCUAUUCUUUUCGAUGCUUGGGAGAACUUUUCAAGGCGGUCGCCGAAGGCGGACGAAAGUAUCCGCAGCGUGCGUCCAGAGCUCGCAGCGGCAGUAGACGAAUGCAUUGACGCAGCUGCGCGGGAAUGGGAGCCCUACUGGCAGCGGCGCUUGCUGAACGCCGCGAAAUUUGGUCGGUCGUUCCUUGACCUCUACGACCCCACAGAUUUCAUCCAAGUCGGCCAAGCGCUGAAGGUUCUCAACGCCGUGCGCUUCUACGAUAUCGGGAUACCGCUCUCCUACACGCAAUACACGCAGCUCUCACCCACACACCUCAUCUCCCGCCUGCUGGCGCGCAAACUCCACCUCCUCGCGCUCCGCAUCUCUUCCUACCUUGCCCUGCCGCCUGACGCGGUGCUCAAGCACUGGGCGUGCGCGAAGAUCCUCCGCUCGAAGCCGCAGACGACUGGCACGGGCAAGAACGCGGACCUCGAGUCGGGCGACGAGGCGCUGUCCCGGGUCAUCGUCGAGAAGUUUGAGACGCUCGGCAGAGGGAGUAGUGGGGUGAGCUAUGCUGAUAUCGCGAAGAGGGCAUGGGAGGUGGGGAGGACGGCGCUGGCGACGAAGUUGCUGGACUAUGAGACGAAGGCGUCGGAUCAGGUGCCUCUGCUGCUGAGCAUGAAAGAAGAUAAGCUAGCUCUACUGAAGGCGGUGGAGAGUGGGGAUACGGACCUGGUGUACCACGUCCUUCUGCACCUGCAGAAGCGGCUGUCGCUCGGUUCGUUCUUCCGCCUCAUCGAAGAAGGCGGGCCGAAGUUGGCACUAGCGAGCAGGUUGCUGCAGGUGUAUGCGCGCGAGCAGAAUCGCGACAUGCUACGGGACUUCUAUUACUCGGACGAUCGGAGGGUUGAGAGUGCAGUGCUAUGUCUCGAGGAUGCCGCGAGCGCGUCCGACCCGACAGCGAAGCUUACGUCCGUCAAGGCCGCUCAGAAGUUCUUUUCUGAGGAUAAGGACAGGUCAUUUGAAGCUAAGAUGAUGGACGAGAGCGUACGCCUCAUGACGCUGCAGCAAACGCUGGAGAAGGAAGCCGACGGCAAGAUCGCGUUUUUCGGACAGAGCGUCAACGAAACCAUUCGGACGUGCCUCGUCAACGGCAUGGCAAAGCGAGCGGACAAGAUCAAGUCCGACUUCAAAGUUCCUGACAAGCGGUCCGUUCUUAUUGAACAGUUCUGGUACGUCAAGCUCCAAGCGCUGACCUCAAUCCACGACUUCGAGGGCCUCGAAGCGUUCGCCAAAUCGCGGCGGAGCCCCAUCGGGUACGAGGCGUUUGUGAAGCAUCUAGUUGAGAAAGGGCACCAGAAGGAGGCGUUGUCGUAUGUCCCGCGAUGCGACGGCCCGAAGCGUGCCGACUUGUACGUGCUAUGUAACGACUGGCGAGCCGCGGCGAAGGAGUGCAAGGAGCGGGGCGAUAAGGCGAAGCUAGAGCAACUCCGGGAGUCAUGCCCGAAUUCGCUGAUUGCCAGAGAGCUGGAGCAGGUGGCUGCUUCGAUGAAGUAG